GAGCGAGGACCCCGGAGGACCCCGAGGAAGCCAUCAUGGACUUAAAGGCUGUGCUCUACGUGGCGGCGAUGGCGGCCGCGGUCCGGGCGGCCCCGCGGCCCGGCGGCCACGCCGAGUCGUACGUCGCCAUCUCGCACAUCGCGCCCGCGCCCAUCUACGCCGAGCCCGCGCCCGUGCACGCGCCGCAUGGGCCGCCCGGGCCGCACGGCCCGCCCCUUUACCACCCGGCCCCGCCGGUCUAUGUCCACGAGCCGGUGGCCCACCCCAAGUACGCCUUCAAGUACGGCGUCGAGGACGCGCACACCGGCGACUACAAGGACGCCAAGGAGGAGCGCGACGGCGACGUGGUCAAGGGCGAGUACUCGUUCCUGCAGCCCGACGGCACGAAGCGCACCGUGCACUACACCGCCGACCACCACAACGGCUUCAACGCCGUGGUGUCGUACAGCGGGCACGCCGUGCACCCGCCCGCCGGGCCGCUGCCAGCGGCGCCAGCCGCGCACCCGGGGCCCGGGCCGGGGCCGUACGGGCCUUACGGGCCCUACUACCACUAGCGCCCCACUUCCACCAUCCACAUCGCCACCCAGCACCUCAUCGCUCGCCUGUACAUAUCGCCCAUAAAAAAAUUACACAUGUCUGCAAGCCUGGA